AUGGCCAAUUUCACCCUGGUGACUGAGUUCCUCCUAGAAGUUUUUGCAGAGACUUGGGAGCUCAGGCUCCUACUCAGUGUUCUGUUCCUGCUGUUGUACCUGGGCAGCCUAUUAGGAAACCUGACCAUCAUUAUUGCUACCACAGUUGACCAGACUCUGAACACACCCAUGUACUUCUUCCUCAGGAAUUUGUCCAUCUUAGACAUGUGCUGUGUUUCUGUCACUGUCCCCAAUGCCUGUGUCAACUCUCUCACUAACCACAGGAAUAUUUCUGUGGCUGGGUGUGCAGCACAGGUCUUUUUGGUCUUCUUCUGUGCAUGUGUAGAGGUUCUGUUUCCUGUCAUGGCCAAGGACCGCUAUGUGGCCAUCUGUAAACCUCUCCUCUAUCCUGUGAUCAUGAACUACCAAUUCUGUGUUCAGAUGACACUGGCUUCCCUAUUUACCUCUUUUAUCAUUGCGGGCGUGCACACUAUCAAAACCUUCCAGCUAUCUUUUUGUCACUCCAACAUGGUCCCUCAGAUCUUCUGUGAUAUCCCCCCUUUGCUAAGGCUUUCUUGCUCAGACACCUUUAACAACAAACUCUUAAUUCUUCUGACAGCCAUUGUGGUCACUGGUAGCUGCUUUACCUUCAUCGCCAUAUCAUAUGUUCACAUAUUAUCCACUGUGUUGAGGAUUCCUGUCAAAGGGGAGCGAGGGAAGGCAUUUUCCACCUGUGUCCCUCACAUUAUUGUAGUGUCUGUGUUUCUUACUUCAGGUGCCUAUGUGUAUCUAAGAAUUCCAGUAACUUCAGAGUUAGUGCAGCAGAUUACUCUUUCUGUAUUUUAUACUGUUUUCCCACCAUUCUUGAAUCCUAUCAUCUACAGUCUUAGAAACAAACAGAUAAAAAUGGCAGUGAGGAAAAUAACAUUAAGUUUUUUUUUUCAGAGUUGA